AUGAGAGCCGCCGCGCUACAGGGUCCCGGCCUCGCCCGGGCGCCGCCGGCCGCCGUCCCGCUGCACCCGCGGCCGCGGCGCGCCGGCUUAGGCGGCCACCACCACCACCACCGGGGCGCACCGCUGAGGAGCGACCUGCUGCUGCUGCUGCAGCAGCCCACCGCCGUCCCCCUACGAGCUCGCUACCCGCCCUCUUCUUCCGCCUCGUCUAACGUGAACCCCGACACAGGGGAAGGCGCCGACGAGCUGCUCGACGAUUUGCUCCAGGAGCACGGCGAAGUCGUGUACAGCGCCGCCGGGGGCGGGUCUCUGGCAAGUGAGGCCGACGAAGACGCCGAGUGCCUGUCAUUGGCUGUUUCUCUCGCUAAAGUUGCGAGCGAGGUGAAGGCUGCCGAUAUCCGUGUGCUAUUCGUGAAACCGAUUGUCUACUGGACGGAGUUCUUCAUCAUUCUCACCGCCUUCUCGAAUGCGCAGAUUGAGGCCAUCAGCUCCAAAAUGAGGGACAUCGGCGAGCAGCAGUUUAGCCGCGUUGCAUCUGGUGAUACAAAACCGAAUUCAUGGACCUUGCUGGACUUUGGUGAUGUUGUCGUCCAUAUAUUUCUCCCCCCACAGCGGGAAUUCUACAACCUGGAAGAGUUCUACGGCAACGCCACUACCAUCGAACUCCCUUUCGAGACCCAGUUGCAGUAACCGCCGUUUGCAUCUGCUCCGCGAGACACUGGAGUCAAUCCAAAAGUGACAUAUUCCCUUGAAGCCCCGGGCAACAUUACACAAUUUUUAGUCUUCAUGUCUUGCCUUAAUGCUCGGAUACGGAGAGCUGCCGACAGACACCUACCAUGGUCACAACUCAGCCAGUUAUAUCGGGUCACUGCGCUUCUCAAAUGUUGC